AUGGAAGUGGAAAGUGAGAAUGAAGAAACAGUGGAAGAACAGUACAUUUUAGUAGAAUUUGCUGGAAAUACUGGAAGUGAUGCAUUAAACCAAGAAAAUGUGUCCAUCAAAGUUCUUGGAAUGGAGACCGAUGAGCCUAUUAUUAAAAUAGGAAAUCAGCUUUAUGAAGGAAAAUACUAUGAUACAAUUGGAACAGAACUCUUCUUCACUGAAGCUGAGGGUGAGCCACCUUCUGAUACCUUGUUUGAUAACAAAUUGGAAAAGAAAUUGGAAUUCUAUGGCAAAACCAACACAAAACUUGUGGUUAGUAGAGCAUUUGCUAAACCAUUGGAAAAAUCCAGAAAUUCGGUUGACCUUCAUUUGCCCAAUCAAAGUGUGUCCAAUUCGGAUAAAAUGAAUGAAGUUUAG